AUGUACCAAUAUGCACCCUCCCACAACCUCGACCACAUAGAGUGGAAUCAUGCACAUCUGAUUUACCCUCCCAACCUUGCAAUACCUACAUCACCAGUCAACCCCCCAGCUACGCAACUAAAUCAACCUGUGCAGAUGACAAUCGACUUUGACAGCAUCAUUGAGCCCAAGCUGGGCGCACGCGAGUCGAUUUCGUGGAACAGAAACGGCAUCAUUGCCAGCAUAGGCGACGAGGGCGUGGAAACCAAUUUGUUGGUGUGCACCGAUGGCCAGGACUGGGUGCUGACCAAGCCGACGUUGUACGCUCCCAAAAGCAUCCUGCAACCCCCGACGACCUCGUUUGUGACUCCGCAUCGCGCUUUCUGCCAUGUGGAGUGGUCUCCUUCGGGAUCGGAUCUCGCCAUCAUUGACACUCUGGGCUCUCUAUACAUCUACAGUCAGUACACCACACUAUCGCCCAUCACAUGCCUCAGAAAGCCGCCAUCCGAGGAACUGACGACUCCCAUCGAUCUCAACGCCAUUGUAGGAUUCACCUGGGUGGCUCCUGAAAAGCCCGUCAUCUUGACCAACCCGGGACUCAAAGCAGGAGGCAAUGAAAAAUCGAAACAAAAGCUGUCGGACGUGAAGGAUUUCCCUACCGGCCAAACUUCGCAGCUGCUGGGCUACUCCGGCAUCAGCGUCACUUACGGAGUGAGUCAGGGACUGCAUUUGGGACCCCGAAUCCCUCAGGGCUUUGGAGCAUGCAUAGGAGUGACCAGAUCGCAGGUGCUCAAGCUGUGGACCCAAAACGGCCCCUCGCAGCCAUAUAACCUCGUUAAGCUAUCACUCAACCAGCUGCAUUCCGACGACAUCAUUUCACAUGCCAGUUUUGCAGGCACCAAAGACCACAAGAUGCUGUUGGCAUGCUACUCGCCAGCAGGAGCCAUCUACCUCUACAGAAUCGAGGUGGAGUGGUCCAAGGAGGAGGAACCUAAACUGAGAGCAACUCGACUGCUCAAGGAGACACUUAUGCCGCAAUCAGGUGCCCCGGCGCGACUCACUGACCUCAAACUGUUCAGCAUCCGGUCGAACCAAGUGUCGUCAGAAACAGAGGCUGAAAUGGUGUGCGUUUUCACGGAUACAAAGGGAGCCACUACAAACAGAUAUGAACUGCAAUCACAUACACCGGAUCUUAACUCGACCUUUUAUUCACUCGGCACUAACGACUCAUCCGCCAGCUCAACUACAACGCACAAGACACACAUUAUCUCGCUGGUGGAGACCACCACCUCCAACAAGAUUGUCAACAUUGGCUCGCAAGUGUAUGACUCCAUCUUCUUCGCUGCACACGAAGACGGCAUUCUCAACUUUAGAUACAGAGGCAAUGUGUCUUCUUCGACAAAGGGAACGCCUUUCAACAUGUUCAGUGAUGCUGGCUAUGCUUUUACUCCUCUCCCCAAGGGCUCAGAUCGUCCUGAUUACAUUUGUGUAUCGCCCACGUGUGCCUCCUACGUGUAUAAGACGAAAGAUGGACUGAAGCUACGAAUCAUUGACAACAAAAUCCCCGAUGCCGAUCUCACAGUUGCCCAGAUGGUUGACUCCGCUUUUGUCCUUUCUCUUCGACACUCGGUUUCGUGCAUUUCUGCUGUCUGUAACGAUGAUGUCAUGAUGGUAAUGCGACGAGAGAUUCAGCGGGUUUCCAAAUUGGCUCCUGCUCUUGAGACACAGUUCCCGUUGCUACUUCUAGCUGAGUCACACAAGGCUAUCAACUUCUCGCUGGAUCUCAAAAAGGACCACCAGAUGGACAAAAUUAUGAUCAACCCAUCUCUCCAAAGACUCCUGACCAUGCAGACGGUUAUUGGAACACAGCACGGAUGGACUCGAAAUGUCACCUCGCGUCUUUCGUGGUGUUUCCUCAACCUCCGUCUCGUCUCUUUCUCUUUGACAUUUACUCUACGAGCCAUUGGACAGCAGAAGCCAGGCGUGGCCCCCAACCAUGCCAUGCGAAUCCACUAUCUCAUGUCUCUAUCUGGUCUUAAGCGAUGGUGUCUUGAUUUCGCUGCCUAUCUCUGCCAGGAGCUGUUGGCUGCCUCCAACGAAGGCCCUAGUUACUUCCAGAAACAGCAUGUGGCUUUACCCAUGGUCAUGGCGCGUUCUUCUAGAAUGUUGCUCAUGUACUCGUGGCGAGGCAUUCGAUCGCUAGACACGAUCCUGAUGCAAAAGCCUGGAACGGAGACGCAAGAGGCAGGCCUGGCGUCCCAGCGACAACGGGAACUAUCGCACUUCACACCCAUCUCCAUGACAUUCUUUGAGCAGCUUUUCAACGUUAUUGAUUCACACACGAAGCAGGUCGCCGAAAACGUGGAGGACCGUUUGGGGCUAGAGCAGCAGCUCCUGUUCCAGGGAAUGAUCCCCCAGCAGUUCUUGCCGCUGGCCAAACGGUGUGUUGAUGAGUUUGACAAGUUCCGAAAGACAAAUGAUCUGUCGCCGUUGUACUUUUACAAUGUGUCGUGGCUCGGCCUUGACGAACACUACGACGGCCGUCCGGCCCCAACACCUGCCAUGGCUCCCUACAGGAACGUGACGUCCACGGGUCUGAAGAUUGACUGUCUGCGAAAGUUCAUUAUCGAGCGACAGGAGGGAAGCAUCUUGCGGGUGUGUCAGCGAUGUGCUGGAACGUCAGUGUUUGUGGACUCAUCUGACGGCAAGCAGUUCACUGGCACACAUUGGACGUUUGCUUUCCAACGAAACUGUUGGUGCGGAGGCAUGUGGAUUCCCGAAAGCUUGGGUGUUUGA